UUAAGGAGGGUGCGUAGUCGUGAGGCUAGGCGCAUCGGGAGUCUGUUCCCAAGAGCUGGAGGAAGGUCUAAGUGCUGAAGAGGACAAGUUCGGUCGUAUCACCCGCGCCGAAGCACACCACCUCGGAGACCAAUACAGUCUUGAGGGCCGCUUGCAUGGGAUGCUAUCCACGGGUUGUCGAAGAGGCUGAAGAAGGAGAGGACAGCAGGCGGAAAGACCGGCCAACGUCAAUCCUACAACAGGUUCAAGUCUUCUGUUCACUCGACGCCCACUGGAUGAACAUCACAAACUGUAUCGAAUUCUCUAAAACACAAACAAUUAAAGCUAAAUAUGUGAAAAAAUAAUUUUUCGACCAUUCUACUAUAAUAUAUUUACCUUGUUGCCCACUGUUCGUGCUCACACAAAAGCCAUUUAUUGACCUAAGAAAAAUAGAAGUGUAAACUGGAUUUCGAUUCUGAAAGGGUUUCAUCCCGUCGUAUAAUGACCAACCGGAAUACUACGUUAUAAAAUAUUGAGUGUUUUACCAUUGCCCAAAACUCCUCGGAAACCUGCAUACAAAUAACGACGCUCCCGACAUAAGAGCAGCGUGAAGAAACGAAUUGUUCACAAGUCAGUUUUGAAGACUUACGGCAUUUCGCAAACAACUGGCGAAUGGUUGUGCUCCAAUCGAGGGGAACAAACAGAUAUUUCGUUUAGCUGCAGUGCAUCAAGCUGCGAGACGUUAAAAAUCUUUCUGUGCAUUCGUUGGCAUUUCCUGCGUGAGGACAUGAUUCAGAUGUAAUCUUGCCAGUUAAGCAUUUUUUACACCAUGCUGACGUGAAUGAAUUCUAAGUAAUAAAAAAAUUUUCACUGCGAUACCAGAACACUGUGUUUACUGAGUGUGAAGUGAAAGAUAUGAUUUAACUCUAAAGUAAUUAAUUUUUUGGUGCAUGAGGUUUUUGGGACUGUCUGCGUGGGCAGACCAGAGGUAGCUGGGACAUAAAAGCGAGGUUGUGUAUUUUAGGGACACAUGUGCGACGCAAAACGAGGGGUGGGGGCAAAAGCAUCAAACCAAUUGCUCGAAAAAUGUUUAUAGCGCAUAAAAACUAUGACGUCAAGCUCUCUGUCGCGUCGGUGUUGGUGCGGCUAACGUGCUGAGGCCGAGUCUACUUAUAGCUCUCGGUGGAAGGAGGGGAGGUCAUGUAGCCACCAGCCAUUUCCUCCACACAAUAUUAUUCGUUAUGUUGCGCGCGCCCGCUAGGUGGGAAUAUAACGGUGACUGCGGCCGGUAGUCAGAAGGGGUGAGAAUAACCGCUAUUUUUUAGUUAGUUUUGGCCACUGAACAGAACGAGACGAAGUUAAAUGUUAGUAGGUGUAGCGUGGCGAUUCCAGCACAAAAAGAGACAGUGAUAAUGAUCGCUAACCGCUUCGUGGAAGAUGCCAUCAGCCUGGAUGGGAACGAGCCCACGGCCAGAUCCAUGGUAGCGCUCGGGCUGAGGCCCGGGUCGGCGCGGCGACUUCACGCGUCAGGCAUGACGCACGCCGAGUCGCUGUCGAACCGCGUGUCCUUCUUCAUCGACGACGCGGUGACGCGUGCGGACAGCGAGUGCGAGCUGAGGCGGGAGCGGGAGCCGUCGCCGCUGCCCCGCCGCGGGGGCGGAGGCGCGCGCUCCAAGGUGUCGCGGCACCACUCGGACCUGUCGGCGGUGCGCCGGCCGUCCAGGCUCCAGCGCAGGCGCAGUGCCAGCCGCCGGCCGCUCGCGAGGCACGAGAGCCUGGAGCGGGGCGCCAGCCUGCGCAGCACGGCACACCGCGUGAGGCGCCAAGACAGCGCCGCCUCGUCGUCCCGGGCCCAGCCCACGGCGGCGGUGCUGCUGCCGCACAAGGACCUGCCGCCCAAGGAGCGCCGCAGGAGGAUAGCCGUGCUCAUCGUGCUCAUGACCUGCCUGUUCAUCGUCACGUGCAGCGUGCUCGCGGUCAUCGUCACGCUCACGCACGAGUCCUUCCAGAGCAUGCUGCCCGACCAGAACGAGACUGCCGGUGUGCGCAAGCAGAACGAGCAGCACCAGAACUCGCUGAGCCGCGAGGAGGGCGUGGCGGCGCCCUUCAACCUGACCAGCGCCAGCGCCACGUGGUGAGUCGCUCCGCGGGGACCCGCGCUUUGCUGGAACCAGCGUUCAUAUGCAUCUUUCAAUAUUUUUUAACCGACUUCGAAAAAGGAGGAGGUUCUCAAUUCGUCUGUAUUUUUUUUUUUUUUUUUUUAUGUUUGUUACCUCCGAACUUUCGACUGGGUGAACCGAUUUUGAUCAUUCCUUUUUUAUUUGAAAGCUGGUGCUUCCCGUGUGGUCCCAUUUCAAUUUGGUCCAGUUCUGACAAUGGCAUCCAUGAUAAAACCAUAUAAGUCUUAAAUUUGCGUUUAGUAUGUGCAUGACAAAUGGACGAAUAUCUCAAUAUCACGCCAACCGAUUUCGAUGAUUCUUUUUUUUAUUGGAAAGAUUGUACUUCAAGGGUAGUUUGAUGAGAGUUUGGUUAGGUUCUGAUUAUGGGAUCCAUGAUAAAGUAACGGAAAUCUUCAAUUCUUAGGAGCAAAUUAACGAUACUCGGCCGAAUCUUUUAUAGGCUAUCCGGAUAUUUGAGUCACCUACCGUAACGUCGUUAUGGUCAUGUAAUUGUCGUAGACGAAUAUGAUGAUCAAUGAAACUCCUUAACGGCUUACAGUAAGGGUGCGAUCUGUGGCAGAAUUUAUAACUGUCUGUAAUCAAAUUGCAAUGCGCUUAAGUUCGUUUCUGCAUUGCAACAUGACGCAAGCGUUCUAAUUGCAUUACUUAAGUUGUAUUAUUUGUGACCUUCAUUGUCGGAAGACAGAUUUCCUUAUCUCGUUAUUUCCGUCAACUAUCUAUCGUCGUGUGGUCUAUUUAAUAAUUUGUUGGCGUCCAAAUCUGAUAAAGCUAUGCCUUCCAAACUUUUGACACGACUUAGUGCAACAUAUAUUUGCCCUUUUGCAAAGUUUUUUUUACCAAGGCCAAUUAUCGAUAUUUUCCCUGUUCAAAACUGUUUUCAUGUAAAGCCGCAUUUUCGAAAGUCUAUUUUUUUGCACUCUUCGCAAGUAUCUUUUGAAAUUGUCCUCGAGGUAGAUUUCCUCUGCUGAGAUAGGCGUUUCUCCCUGACUUCGUUUGUUUCAUUUAAACGGCGCUGUCUCAUAUGAGCAGCACGUUUAGUAGGUCUACCCAUAUUCAGACAAAUAGGUUAGUGUACUUCAGAUUCACUAAAAAAUCAAAAAGUAAACACAAAUUUUAACAAAAAAA